UGUAAAAGGCUGACAAAUGAGUGAACACUCAUUGGUCAGGUGAAGGAAUCUUUAGCAGGACGCGCUGCCGGGAACGAAUGAUCGCACAAACACUGGUAGGUUAUGAACGUUGACUCCUGAUAAUUAUACAGUGUAAACCUGCAUCAAUAAACUCGCUAUAUGGUCGUUAGGACCAUAUAUGGAGCACUGACUGCAAGCAGAGAUCUUAAAAUUGAGGAACAGAAACACCUAGUCUAUUUGAGACGUUCUUGGAGAUUCUACAGAAUUUGUUACUGGUUGCUCAUUGUUUUCCCGUGAAGAGUCCGGCAGGCGAGAGGUCACAGUACUGGUACUAUAGUGGAGUAGUAGAGAUGAUGUAGUGUUAAUACCGUGUGAUGCAACAAUGCUGUCGCCUUCAGUCAGGAAGUCACCGAGCAGCCCACAGGCCCGAGGGUGGCAGCUUCGCUACGGGAAGUGAUGUUUCUGGCGGCCACCUAUGACAGGAAGAUGUGGUCAGGGACGGAAAUGUCAGUAAAGUAGCUUCACAAUCACCGACGAUGGAGCAGCGUUUACCAUGACGACCAGACUUGAUGGGACCCAGUGCGAUGACUAUGGACAUGAUGGGAAAUUCUGAAGCUCUGGAUGAAGGGGAGCCCUGGACCCCUGUGCAGAGAGAACGCUCCUUCACGACCGGGUCUCUAUCAGAGAGCUCAGGGCUGAAGAGAAGGAACCGAGGUGAUCGGGCUCGGGCCCAGGUGGCGGAGGAGAAGGAGCCCAGCAACAAGAGAGUCAAACCCGUCACCAAGACUUUGUCUGCAAACAGCACCCCCCAAAAAGUGAAAGUCACCCCACUGAAGAAGCUCAGCUUGUCCAUCCAGCGCUCCAUAGGCAGCCGGAAUGAAAACCGCCUCUUCAGCUUCUCUCCUCGGACACGGAGCCGAGACAGCGGCUCCGCAAAGAAGAGAAGCAGCAAAUUGUGGAGCGAAACAUUCGACAGUGCGGGGGAGGAACUGUGUGCACGUGAGAUUAAGAGGCAAGAGGUCAUCUUCGAGCUGAUGCAGGGGGAGCGCAUGCUUGUCGAAGAUCUGCACUUGGUAAAGAAGAAUUACUAUGAACCAAUGUUAAAGUUGGCCAUCAUGACCCAGGAUGAACUGAACCAGAUCUUUGGCAUCCUGGACACCCUUCCUCCAUUGCACCAAGACCUCUUUGAUCGCCUGGUAAAGUUACGACAUGAGGAUGGUACCGUAGAGCAGGUGGGGCCCACCAUGUUGGAUUGGCUUCCUCAUCUUGACCUCUACAAAGCAUAUUGCUGUAACCAAGUAGCUGCCAAAGCUCUGCUGGACCACAAGAGGCGUAAUCCAGCCGUGCACAACUUCCUCCAGCUGUGUCAAGAAUCUGCUUUCAGUCGUAAACUAGAUGUGUGGAGCUUCCUUGACUUGCCGCGGAGCCGACUGGUGAAGUAUCCUCUACUGCUCAAAGAACUGCUGAAGCACACCGUGCCGGAACACCCCGACCAUCCCGCCCUGAGCCAGGCGGUGUCCGUCGUCCAGGCAAUUAUUAGUAGGAUAAACUGCAAAGCCGGGGAGGCUGAAUGCGAAUAUUACAGGAAGAGACUGUGUUAUCUGUACGAAAACCAGGGUGAAGAGGACGUGUCUCGCUCACGGCUCCUGCUUUGUCACGGAGAGUUGAAGAACAAUAAAAGCCAAAGGCUCCAUGUCUUCUUGUUUGAGACCAUCCUUGUCCUCACACGCCUUGUGACGCACGACCAUCAGCUCGAGUUCCAAGUUUACCGUCGGCCCAUCCCGCUGCCCGAACUUGUCCUGGAGGAUCUCUGUGAUGGAGAGGUGCGGGUGGGAGGCUCCAUACGAGGGGCUUUCAGUACGGCCAACGAGCGAGCCAAAAACUUUUUCCGCGUGAGUUUCCGAGAUCGCUCCAGGGGACAAGCUCACACCUUACAUGCCAAUGAUUCCUUUAACAAACAGCAGUGGGUCAGCUGCAUCCGACAUGCUAUGGUGGCAAGUAGGGAGCAGAACGCCAGCCCCGCCACCUCCCAGGACACGCCUAGCACUCUGAUUAACCUCUCCGACCUAAGCCUGGACUGCCAUGAAGACCGUGACAAGAUGGAAGAUAGAUAGAGGACCAUAUGUGGGACAAGGACCUAUUGCAAUGUCUGACGUAUGAGUCACUCCAUCAGGACUUGGAGCCCCCCUCCCAUUCCUCCAUAUUUCUUACUGUAAUGAUGUAAAUAGUUUUUGACUUUUUUUUUUUUUUUCACAUCAUAAUGUUGGGCUCUUUGAUGGCAGGAUGCAUUAUGGGAUAGUUCCAAAUCUCAGUAGGUUGGAUUUAGAUGUGAAUUUGUUACUUUACUUGGGGUUACAUCCUUUAUAUCAUAUGUGAUACCUGUUGUUGUUUAAUGCCCCUAAACCAGUGAUAGGCAAACGG